GCAAGCUGUUCAAAGCCCAAGGUUCUGCCACCUUAUUUAGAAUUGGUGGACUCGUGAGAAAGAAGGGGCCAGCUGAAUGCCGCAGCACCACGUUGUAUUCAGGUUUUGGUAGUUGGACCAGCUGAGACCCACCUUUUCACUUCCUUCAGCUGAUCAGUGUACAAUGCAAUGGCGCGGAAGGGGAUACUUGCGGCUUGGCAGUUUGCGGUGCUCUCAAUGUCAUUGCUGGGGUCUGCACUUUCAGGCAAGAUCUCAACAAUAAGCCCUGUAAGGCCGCUUGUGUCUGGCCUGAAGGACUCAGACCUCCCUCUUCCCUACGAGGGGGACACAGUGACCGCUGUCAAGGUGUCCCUCGAUGAUUCGAGAGUGACGCAACCUGAGGGCCCCGACAAGGAUAACAUCAUAGCAGACAUUCAAGGAGCGGGGCCGACGUCCUGGUCCAUUUCGAGAUGGAACAAGGGGGAUUUGGCCAUGAGGAUUGCCCCAAGGCACAGAUACGCCCAAAGCAACCUUGGCAUCCCCCCCGGAGACCAAGGAUUCACUACCAGCGAUCCAAAGGACUUCUCAGCUCAGGCGUGGCGGCCGCAUCCCGAGAGAGGGGUCACGCUGGCCAGUGUCGCUCGGAAUGGGGUGCGACGGAACCGGGAAGGGCCGGUCAUGUAUGGAGUGGUUUCGGCGUCAACGGACUCUAGUGGGUAUGGCUACAGCAUGACCGACGGCACAUUCGGCCACGAAGACCCGUCUCUCGACAUCAACGUUGGGGCGGCAGGCUCCGUGGGGGAGAGCAGCAUCGACUUUGGGGUCGCCUGGUUUCCAUACGCUCAAGGCUGGAUCGGCGGCUUCCUCGCGGCUCGAUCCAGCGCUUCUGCUGCUGCCACGUGGCUCACACGUGAGUCGAAAAGCCCAAGCUUGCCAAACAACGCAGGGGAGGUGGUGACGUGGUGGGCGAGGGGUGCUUACGUCAGGCUCCCGAAGGUGGAUCCAAGGAACGACGGGAUGCUUUUGACGAUAGCGACCGAUUCCGGGCAGCAGAACAGCGAUACCAACAUCGUGUCCGUUUACCCCGACAAAAAGCAUUGGGUCUUAAACGUGCGAGAAGACUCACAGGUGAACCCGGGCGUGGUUACCGUCCUAAACCAAUGGGUCUUCUCCUUCCUGUACAUACCGUUCUCAGCAGACGGGUUAAUCGGGGGUUGGGUUAGCGGAACCGACGGCAGCCUACGGCGGAGCGCUGGGGGCCCGGCCGUGAGACGGCUGGGGGUCGGACAGUACGAGAUCGAUCCGCGUUUAGGAAGGGCGUCCGAAAGGGACGGCAUCCUCCUCCUCCAAGUCGCGGACAAGGAGCCUGCCGUUUUGGACGCCCUAAUGGCUCGGAGCGCUUUUCUUUCGUACAACUACAGUGGGGAUAAUAAGAUGUUUGUAGAAGCGCGGCGGGUGAUGGCUCAUAACCCGGGCGCGGAUCUGCAGACCGAUGCGGGGGGGGUGCGGCAUGACGUUCCGGUGGACAGGGGCGAAGACUUUCCGCUGGUGGAUACAGACUUCUACUUUGCUUGGGUCGACUUCCGGAAUCCUCUCAGUCCAACCGCGGGCUCGGCGUCGUUCUCUGGGCCUCGUUCGAACAACGGGGCAGGGUUUGGGUUAGGGUUUGUUUUCGGUCUGGUGGGCACUUUGUUAGUGGGCACGGUCACGUGGAUCGUUCUCAAGUACGUAUAUCAUCGGCCACGUGGCGGCCCGUCUUUGGUCGCGAUGAGCGAAUUCGGAAGGGACGACUUGGACUCUGAUCUGUUGGAGUCUGCGGAGGAGUACCGCUUCCAAGACUGAGUGAGACCUGGAGGAAAUAGUAGCACAUAAGGUUCCCAAAAAGGGGGGUCCGUAAAGGCACUGUUCCGAUUGAAGCCCUCAAUCUGUACAUAUGGUCGACAAAUGAAGCGUUCCUCUGCGAGGAGCUGAUAUCCAUUAUCUGGACAAGAGUUAGCACGCUGUUAUUGUUACGCGGGGCGCAAGACAGGCAUAUGCCUGCAAGACUGCAGUGCAUCCAAGCCGCCGGCGGCAGCAAUGCUGCGGGCCCUUACCGACGACCAGUCUUCAAAAGAUAGAAAGUGCACG